UUUCUUUACGCAAUUGAAUGAAAAUGAAAACAAAAAAUUGUCACGUUGAUUAUUUUUUAAUUGUUGUGUAUAGAAAAUUAAAAAUAUUAUUUUAAUAUAGGUAUAAAAAAAAACAAUAAGGAAAAUGGCUAUAGAAUUUAAGGAUGUUAGUAGUGAACCAGCAACAUCAGAAACAAGACAAUUGUCAGAAUUGCCUGCUUAUCAAACAACAAUUUCUGAAGAAACAUCCUCUUUGAAUACAACAAAUCAUCAAUUGGAAUUAACAGUCGUUGAUUCUAUCUCAAGACAAGAGAGAUGUGAAAAUGAUAGUCUAAAACAUAAAAUACAUAUGUCACAAGUUAAUAGUGGAGUGAUAAUUGUAAAAAUUGCAGAAAUGGUGUUCAAUCUUAUUAGUUUUAUAACAGUGAGAGAAUCGCCUUUUGCCAAUACAACACCUGGAAUAUGUUUCAGUUUAGUGUCAUCCCUUGGACUUACAAUUACCGGUUGCUUGUUGGCACUAUAUGCUUGUGGUGCAUGCAAAAAACCAUGUAUAACAGUUCUUCCAUUUGAAUAUGUGUUCUGUAUAUUGUGGGCUUGUGCUUUUUUAGCAGCUUCUUGUUUCCUGGUCAAUGGCAAUGGAAUUUUUAAAAGUGAUUACAACAAAGCACCAAUUUACGGGUUCGUGUCAAUGAUUCUUUACAGCGUCGAAGCGUGCUUAAACUGUAGAUUUAUGGUUCAGCGAAACAAGGAAUUACAAAUAGAACGAGAAAAUAGUAAAGUUAGUGAUAAUUUUCGAGGAUGGAAUCAACCAGCAAGUGAAGCAUACAAUGGUACAGAAUCGUCUAUUGGCAACAAUAAUGACCCAAAUGAACAUUGGACACGUUCUUACGAUUUAAACGCCAUAAGUGAUGGUUGCAUAAUUAUUUUCUAAAUUCAUUUCACUUUUUUCUUUUACUGUUCCAUAUUAAUUUAAUAUUCUCUAACUUAAAAAAUCAUUUUUUAAUAUAGAACAUUUUUUUAUAUAAGAAUAAAUUUAAUUUAUUUUUAUUAAAAAAAAAAAAAUUUGUAAAUUUUACUCAAUCGACUGGGUAACACGAAUGUCAUCCAAACGAAAGACAAAGACUUAAUUAAAAAUUUUUCUAAUCGUCUUUAAAAAAAAAAGAAAAUAAAUAACAGGGAUUAAAACAUAGAAAGAUCUAUUUUCAGAUCAAAAUAAUGAAAGAAUUUUCAUUACAUAGAAUUGUUUCUAUUUUGUGAUAAUACUAAAACGAAG